CUGUCAGUAUAAAUGUGAUGCUUGUAAGAUGGGUCUCUCUCCGAGAUAUUUGACAACCGCGAACGUAGUUUUGUUUUAUGCGCGACGUGAUGUGACUUUUCUUUGCCGGACACGGUGGGAAUUAGCGAUGCAGGUUGGCUGAGGCCGUGAUCGUGUCGUCCGAACCGUUUCAACGAAAAUCCAGGUUUUUUAUAAGCUCUUCUACUCUCAGCACUAUCAUACAUCAUGACAUCAAGAUUGGAUAGAUUGUUUAUAUUGUUGGAAACCGGAACGAACGCAGUAACGAAAAGAGCAGCUGCGCAACAGCUGGGAGAAGCGCAGAGAUUGCAUCCUCAUGAUUUGCAUCAUUUGUUGGCGAGGGUUUCUAUCUUACUGAAAUCCACACAAUGGGACACUCGAGUGUCAGCGGCUCAUGCUGUGCAAGCUAUACUUACUCAAGUUCCGCCCUGGAAUCCAGAACCCAUAAAAAAAGAGAUUUCCACAGAGGAAUCAGAAACAACAAAACGUAGAGCGUCCACUACUAAGUUAAGUUUGGAGUCUUUUGAUAUGGACAAAAUAUUAGCUCAAAGUUCACAUCUAACCGGCUCGGAAGGUAGCGAGUAUGAUCUGACCAUAAUAGAAGGGGACCAACUGUCAGUUCCCAAUCAACAUGAGAAACUAGUUGCGAAGCUGGGUUUUCAUCCGCGUUUAAUCGACACUGCUGAUCUGUUUACUGCCGAGGAUCUUACUCCAGUUGUACAAACAUCAUCACAAACCGCCACAGUACCCAUUGGCGAAACUCUAAACCAAUCGAGUGGUUUAAGCAGAAGAGAAAUGAACAGAGCAAAGCGCAAAGCACGUCAGUCGGUAUCGAAGCAGCGAUCACGCGAUCCCGACGAUCAUCGCGCUAACGACGAGCAUACGAAUUCGAUGGGCGUGCAGUCGCCCGGUAGCAAUACUUGUGAACCGCCGAUAAAAAAGUCGAAAAUAGAGGAAACGAUCUCGUCAGAAACGGGAUCCAAAUACAACGCAUCCAGCGAACAAACGGGCGGAGUGCCAGAUGGAACUGGAUGUUGGCCAGAUUCUGUCGUAGACUGGCCGUUGGAAUCCUUCGUGGAAAUUCUUCGUCAGGAUUUGUUCAGUCAGAAAUGGGAGGUGCGUCAUGGAGCGGCUACAGCUUUGCGAGAACUCUUGAAACUUCAUGGAGAAGGAGCGGGCAAGUCCAGAGAUCAAACGUUGGAUGAAAUGGAGGAAAACCAUUACGAGUGGAUAGUUGAUGUCGCUUUGCGACUACUGUGUGUAUUGGGACUCGAUCGUUUCGGUGACUUCGUUUCUGAUCAGGUCGUUGCGCCGGUACGAGAGACGUGCGCUCAGGCAUUGGGCUCGCUUUUCAAAUUGAUACCAAGCAGACAACAUGACACAAACUGCCAAGAUAACAACGACGUGCUAUUCGGAAUAGUUUCUGUGGUGUUGAAACUCUUGAAGCACAACGAGUGGGAAGCCAGACACGGUGCAUUUCUCGCCCUGAAAUAUUUACUGGCGGUGCGAGAUGAUUUAUUGGACGAGAUGUUGCCGAUAGUAUUUCCCGCUUUGAUGCAAGGAUUGUCUGACGAUGUGGACGACGUGGGCGCUGCUGCCGCGAGCGCGCUUAUACCAGUGGCUCACGUUCUUCCACGAUUACUAAAACCAGCGGAACUCGAAGUAAUAGUGAUACGCUUGUGGGAAUUGUUGAAGGAACAAGACGACCUCGCCGCGGCCUGCAAUAGUUUUAUGGGUUUGUUGGCCGCGAUACUCUCGUUGCCCGCAGCACGCGCUUGCUUAACACCUCAACCGUUAUCACAGGUGUUGCCACGGUUGUGGCCAUUUCUCAGCCAUUCAAGUUCGAGCGUGCGCAAGGCCACGCUGCAAACAUUGCAAACUCUGACCGGAGAUGACGGCGAUCACAGAGAAGACAAAAAGGAACGGUGGGGCCUAGGCGGUGGAUUGGUAUUGCAAGAGGCUUUGCGACACGUGUUUCAGUGUGUGCUGAUCGAACACAUCACCGCGAUACAAGACGUGGCCGAGCGUGUCUGGGAGAAUCUAGUCGUACGCAGUGAUCUCGAAUUGUUGCUUCACGCGGCGUGUCCUCACGUCAGCACGUGGCUCUGCCUCGCCAUGCAGCCGGAAAAUGUGCCAUUUAAUCCGAAUCUAUUGAUGACGGUCGUUAAUCCCACCAAGGGCACGAAAAAUAAUCAAACGGUCGCUUAUUGUGACGCGCAGGACGCCGGUAAUGGCGGGAAUAAUAACGUGAGCCCGAAGUCGUUGUCCGAGCUGAAAGUGUUUAUCGGUGGGGUCGAAACAGUGCCGCUCAAUGUGCGAAAAGCAAACGUAGUUCAGGCUCGCUGUAGAUCGUCUCGCAUGUUGGGUUUGUUGUCGCACUACGUUGUACAGCCCGCCCCGGGUGUCAUUUAUCCACCGGACGUGCCUAGUCCAGCGCUUUGUUACGCCAAGGUGUUACUAGCGCAUCUCAAUUCGCGUUCGGCGCUACAACGUACCGUCGUGGGACUUACGAUGUCCCAGUGGGCGACUGUGAGUCCUAUAAAGCCGCCCACGAUACCGGAUAUUCUCAGGGACAGACUGUUGGCUUGUUUGAACGAGUGUAUGUAUUACGACGAAAUCGCGGCCUCCUUCACUCGAUUGCUGCACGAAAGUCGCGAUUAUAUCGCAACUUUGAAGCAUUAUAAAUUGUUAGUGCCAGAUAACGUGGAGUUAGCUGGCGUGUUGACUCUCGAUCAGAUUCAGACACUCGUUGGGAAAACGAUUAAUUCCCUUUGCGCCGGAGGAACUGGUACAAGUGGAGCUGGAAAUACCAGCAGCAAUCAAAUACCUAUUAAAUUAAAACCCAAAUUGAUAGAGAGCUUAGAAGAGAGAAGACGAGCGUUGGACGCCGGUGCGGCCAUGACGGCGGCUCAACAGCAAGCGUUGCACAUUAUGUCGACGGCCGCGCUCGCUGGUGCUGCCGCGAUGUUACAUUGUCUUCCUCAGCCUCCCGAGCCGCUCAAUCCGUUAGUUAAGCCGCUAAUGGAAUCUAUUAAACGGGAAGAAAAUGAGGAACUUCAGAAACUGGCCGCAAAACACUUGGCUUAUCUCAUCGAUCUUUGUGUGGACAGAAAGCCCUCUCCGAACAAAAAGAUUUGCAAUAAUCUCUGUAUAUUCCUCUGUUCCGACGUUGAAUUUACACCACGGGUUACGUUGUAUUCCACUUGCGAGAGCGAAGCUUUCGACGGCAUACUCACUCUGAAUAACAGGCAAAAGCACGCCGAGAGAAUAGCUUAUAAUCGCACGGGUACCGGACCUGGCGGUAGCAGGGGUCCGGGCAGGCCGCCGCUGACCGACAUUCCUCUGGAAGAGCUUCUCGCUUGUGAAGAACCGGAAGCCAAAGCCUCUAGAAUGCGCCGCCGCGGAGCUACACUGGCACUAACAGCUAUAGCUACUUUGUUUGGUGUCACAUUACCCGUUCGUUUGCCCGAGUUGUGGGAUCUGAUUUUACCGAGAGUUCUGAAAGACACGGACUGGCAGGACAAGAUACAAGAAGAGGAGGGAAAUCAAUUGAUCUUCGCUUUGCAAGUGUUGGAGAUCAUGGCGCCGAGUUUGGACAAAUCUCUGCUACCACCCGCACUCGACUGUAUGCCGCGUUUGUGCAAUUUGUUAACACACCCGUACAAAGCUGUCAGGCACAUGGCUUCGCGAUGUAUAGCUACCUUGGCUACUCUAAAUACAGAGAAAACAAUGGUGCAUGUAAUACGCAGCGUCAUACCGCUCUUGGAUGCAACUGGCGGGGAGAAAAGAUGUUCUUCGGGUAUAGUUGCGCCGAACAAGGUCGAUUCCGUACGUCAGGGAGCGGCGGAAGCUCUGACGUGUAUCGUUGAGAGCUUGGGCGUGCAAGUUGUACCGUACGCCGUGCUCUUCAUGGUACCUCUACUUGGACGCAUGAGCGAUCAAAAUCAAGCCGUGAGACUAGUGUGUAGCGCAACUUUUGCCACGCUUGUGCAGUUAUUACCGCUUGAUCCUGGCGCAAUCGCCGACCCACCGGAAUUGGUGCAAGAAAAGGAGCAAGAGCGAAAAUUCUUGGACCAACUUAUGAAUCCCCGUAAUAUACCAGACACGGAUCUACCGAUUCCCGUAGCCGCGGAGUUGCGCUCUUAUCAACGUCAGGGUCUGAACUGGCUCAACUUCUUGAAUCGUUACCACCUUCACGGAGUCUUGUGCGACGACAUGGGACUCGGAAAGACGCUUCAGACUAUGUGCAUACUUGCACUGGAUCACCAUCGCAAUCCGCAGGCACAGUCUAGUCUGGUGGUGUGUCCGCCGACUCUCACCGGUCACUGGGUUUACGAAGCGGAAAAGUUCUUCAAAGCGCGGGAUUUGUCAGUUAUUCAGUACGCCGGGACGCCUCAGGAGCGCGAGAAGCUGCGCCCUCGUAUACCACGUUACAGACUCGUAGUCGCGAGCUACGACAUCGUGCGAAAAGACAUCGAGUUCUUCGAAGGACAUCAGUGGAAUUACUGUGUGCUCGACGAGGGCCAUGUGAUAAAGAACGGGAAAACAAAGAACGCCAAAGCCGCAAAGCGACUUCACGCCAAUCACAGACUCGUAUUGUCUGGCACACCUGUGCAAAACGAUGUGCUUGAAUUGUGGUCGUUAUUUGACUUUCUUAUGCCCGGUUUUCUCGGUAGCGAGAAACAGUUUGCUGCCAGAUUUUCCCGUCCCAUCUUAGCCUGCCGAGAGCCGAAGGCAGGACCAAAAGAACAAGAGGCAGGUGCCUUAGCAAUGGAAGCUCUUCACAGACAAGUGUUGCCAUUUUUGUUGAGACGAAAUAAGGAAGACGUAUUGCAGGAUCUUCCGCCUAAAAUUACCCAAGAUUAUUACUGCGAUUUGUCACCCAUACAACGUAUGCUUUAUGAAGAUUUCCGCUCUCGUCAUUCGGCUAUUCUUUCUCCCGAUCCUUCAUCUUCGAAUAGUCAAACCGGUCACGUAUUUGAGGCGUUACGCUACUUACGUAAUGUGUGCAAUCAUCCCAAGUUGGUGUUGAGUCAACAACAUCCGUUGUAUCAAACGGUAAAUGACAUAUUAAAGCAGCAACAGACAACUUUGAAGGAUAUCGAACACGGCGCCAAGUUGCCCGCUUUGAAGCAAUUGUUGUUGGACUGCGGUAUCGGACAACAGCAACAGCAGGCUCGCAGCAACUCCUCUUCCGCCACCGCGAACUACACCAUGGACAACACUUCUCAGGAACAACAAUUGGUCAGUCAGCACCGCGCUUUGAUUUUCUGCCAAUUGAAAGCAAUGCUGGAUAUCGUAGAGAAGGAUUUGCUUCGCACACAUCUGCCGACGGUGACUUAUCUCCGUCUAGACGGCAGUGUGCCCGCGGCACAGAGGCACUCUGUCGUAACGCGCUUCAAUGCCGAUCCGUCGAUAGACGUUCUCCUUUUGACCACCCAAGUCGGUGGUCUCGGAUUAAAUCUAACAGGAGCGGACACGGUUAUAUUUGUCGAACAUGACUGGAAUCCGAUGAAAGACCUCCAAGCGAUGGAUCGCGCGCAUCGUAUAGGCCAGAAGAAAGUGGUCAACGUAUACCGCUUGAUCACCAGAUCGACAGUGGAGGAGAAAAUUAUGGGACUGCAAAAGUUCAAGCUCGUUACCGCAAACACAAUAAUAUCGACGGAGAACGCGUCUCUUGAGACCAUGGCUACUGAUCAGUUGUUGGAUUUGUUCUCCUUGGACAAUGGUAAAGAGAAGAAAUCGGACAAUUACGACGAUACUGGUUUAACGAAGAUUCCCGGCGUGCCGGGGAUCAGCCGUGCGGUGUUGGACAUUCUGCCUGAACUCUGGGAACAACAGCAAUACGACGACGAAUACGAUCUCGACUCAUUUUUGUUCACUCUGAAGGCUGAUAGUAGAAACACUAAGUACGCUCCUUGAUAAAACAUUGAAUUAUAGAUUUAGAAUCUGGUAAGUCCACGUAGCUGGAAGUUAGUGCUAUCGAGUGAACACAAUUUUAGAAAGUCCGGUUUGUUAACUCAUAGUUGUGCAGUAAUAAUCUUGGAAAUUGUAAGAUUAUUCCGAUUUAUUUUUUAACAUGUUGACUGCCACACGUGAAGUUUUCGAUUGAGACUUCGUAACGCCGCCAUUAACUGUAAUUUUUUAUUACACUUUUAUUAUAUAUAUAUACAGGGUAUUUAUAUUUAUUUUAUACACAUAUUUUGAACGCGGGGUGUAUAAUUUGUGUAACCUUUAAUCGCAUGUAAUUUACAAAUUUUAGCCUCGCCACUUUUGCAUUAGGACUUUUGUCUCAGAAAACAAUAUUUCCAUCUCCUCGUUAAUAAUUUAUAUAUUUACAAAAAGAAUUUUUUUUUACGUAUAAAGCAAACAUUUUAUGCAGAUUUUCAUAAUUUUCUAACGCGUGACAGUCAACAGUUAAUGGUUAAUGGAAUAAUAAUGAGAUUACCACUUACGUAAUUUUUGCAUCAGAAAAUCAGUCGCACCUGUUUAGAGAGUUAACUAAUUAAUCAGUACGUUAACUAAUCUGCUACAUUCGAGUAAACACGUUUGUAGCAAGCGUCCGAGUUUCUUUAUGCAGCCAUAUUGAAAAUAAAUUAUAUCGUGCGAGCGCGCACUUGGAAAAGAAAAACGAACACGAGGAUCUCGAGUAAGAUCGUCACUCGUUACAUUUGAAUUUUAAAUGUCAUUGUUCAAUAUGAUUGCAACGAGAGAUCAAAUAGCUUUAAGAGUUAACACAAGGAAAAUGACACACAUACACGUACACACACACACAUCGUACCCAACUCGAACACCGGUACGAUAAUUAAAUAAUUAUAUAAAUAGAAAUAGAAUUAAGAUAUUUUUCUGUAAACGUGUGUUUUUGUUUAGUUUAU